AUGUCAAAAACAUUUUUAGAGAGACUUGCUGAAAAUGACAGCCAAGAACUGGAAACAGAGAAAACAUCAUGGUACAAAUGUGAAAAUGAAGCUUUGUUGGAAGAGCUACAAGCUAAGUUUGUAGAGAGCUCACUGGAUCAAGAAACUGAAGCUUUCUUACAAAACUGUCAUGAGAAAGCUGAUGCAGUGUUCACGCAGAUUGGACAUCUUCUAUUCAAAGGGUUCUUUGGUUUCUUUAUGUCUGUGACUACAGCAAAUGGAAUUUUGGAUCGAGGAUCAAUGUUUGUAUUUUCUGAUGCCCAGUUUCAAAGACUCAUGAAUGUAGAUGGAUCAUGGAAGACAGGGACUAUGUUAGACUUAGGAGCUGGUGAUGGCAAAGUAACAAGUGUUAUAAAACAUCACUUUGAUGAAGUUUAUGCUACAGAGCAGUCUCCAUCCAUGAGGUGGAGACUCCAAGACAAGGGCUUCAAGUUACUUGAUGAAAGUGAAUGGAUGAAGGUUGAUUUCAAGUUUGAUGUGAUUGCAUGCCUAAACCUGUUGGAUAGGUGUGACAAACCUCUCACACUACUCAGUGACAUUAAGGAAACUCUACAUCCUGAAACAGGCCGCCUGAUUGUUGCAGUUGUUCUUCCAUUUAGACCCCUUGUGGAAUCAGGCACAAAGAUGAUUCAGCCAAGUGAAGUUAUAACAGUUCAUGGAAAUUCAUGGGAAGAACAAGUACAAAGUCUUGUUUCUGAUGUGUUUGAGCCAAGUGGAUUUACUGUGGAACUGUUUACAAGAGUUCCAUAUUUAUGUGAGGGUGAUUUGUAUAAGGAUUUUUACAUUCUGGAUGAUGCUUUGUUUGUUCUCAAAAUAUCACAAUAAGGCAGCACAAACAUGCGCUUCAAAUUGAGUGAAGGGAAUAAUAUUUCCACAGAAAUGGCAUUAAUGACCCAAAUGUUUAAAACGUAGAGCUAGAUGAGUAUUUACUUCAAAUAUGCCUAUUGUUUUCUGUACAAGGAAGUGUAUUUUAAUAUUUUUAUUUACAAAAUUUCAUUUCUUACCAAAUUUUUACAACAGUAAAAUUUAUGGUUUUAAAUUAUCCUUAUCUUAUUUCAAAACAGCAAAUAACAGCUAUUUUAACAAGAGAAUAAAAUUUGCAGAAAGCAGUGCUCUAGCAACAAGCAAAAUGAAAUCUAUGCAAUUGCCACAUUACUUCCUUUGAACAAGUCAUAUUGAUUAAUAAGCAACUGAACUACAAGCAGGCACUGUAGAACAUAAAGAGACAAGCCACCACAGGCCACAUGUUUCCAUGUGUGCUGCAGCACCUAUUUUGUUCUUGGGUUGUAAAUCUCACUUGUUCACAGGAAUUUGUCAUAUCACAACAUUCAAGUUUUAGAAAACAAUGCAUGCAUUUUAAUACUUUUAAUUAGUAGUUAGGUUGUUUUUAAACAAAAUACACUAAGGGUGGGUAUUUCUAACCCAGUUUUAUUUGAUUUAACAUCGGCAUACAUUCUAGUACUAUUUAACAUUCUGUAUAGAGUGUGCUAAAACAGGUAACUACAUAUUUAUAAGGGCAAUAAAGUUCAAAUUCAA